GAGAUUUGGGGUUGCGAUAGCAAAACUCGGCCCAUCGCCGCUCCGACGGGCCCCCAUGAUUUAUUCAGCAGUGGAUCGGGGCACGCAAUCGGGCUGUCAGGAGAGCGUCAGCUUAUUAGGCAAGUUCUGCGUGGUUCCAGGAGAGGGUCUAAGCUAUAAAAAUCCCGCGCCCCUGCUCUGAUUAGGACCAAAUCUGAUCUCAAGUUCGCCAGGAGCCGGCUCCGAGGAAGAGUGAGAGGAAGGGACACCGGUCACCUCCGAGUCCCGCCACCUGCCCUGUCGCCGUCGCAGCCCCAGGUUUGGGCCCCGACCAUGAAGAUCCCGCUGCUGGUGUCCACGGGAAUCCUGCUGGUAGCCCUCCUGCCCUGCCAGGAGUGCAGAGCCCUCAGCAAGAGCCCGGCAGCCGCCCACGGGGCUCUGCACCAGCCAGAUUUCUUCCAGCAGCAGCAACAGCAGCAGCAGCAAACUCUGCCUGUCCUGCUCCGCAUGGGAGAAGAGUAUUUCCUGCGGCUGGGCAACCUCAACAAGAGACCCGUUGGCUCUUUCUCCGCCUCUUCCAGCAGCACCAGCCACCUACAGCCCGAAGCCGCCGCCAGCAACUUUUUCCGGGCGGCGGUGCAACAGCUGCAGCAGCUGCCCGAGCGCUCGCUGGGGAGCCCCGAGGAGGGCGAAGCAGAGGGCGAGGCCGUGGAGAGGGAGAAGCGAUCCGAGGAGCCCCCUAUUUCUCUGGAUCUGACUUUCCACCUCCUGCGAGAAGUCUUGGAGAUGGCCCGAGCCGAGCAGCUAGCGCAGCAGGCUCACAGCAACAGGAAACUGAUGGAGAUAAUCGGGAAAUGAAGCGGCCCCUCCCCGCCUUGCCAAAGAGAUUCCGCAGUUAGCACAAGAAUAAUUACACCGUCCGAUGUACCAUAGUGCUGCUCUGAUGUCAUCUCUUUAUUUUUAUAUAGCUUUAAACCUAGAAGGGUGUACUCCGAACAGCCUCUGUCCCUUGACUAGCAUGCACAACCGUGUACCAAGUGCAGAAACACGAGUGUCGUUCGUAACCUCCCCUACCUUUAUUUAUUUCUCCAUUUCCCAGUUAUUCUAGUGCCAUCGCUACGUAGGGAUGUGUGAGCAUUGAAAGAAGUGGUGCCAAGAAGACAGAUAACUUUUCUGCUGGGGGCAGGGAGGUGGGAGGGGGAAUCUCUGUAAGCUACUUUAAAUCCACCUUUUUUUCCUGUAAACAUUUUCACAAUAAAACAUCUUUUCAGCGCUCGGUCGAUUUGGUUGUGUAAGAGAAUGUUUAAUAUUUAUAUUUUUAAUAAAAGCUGCAAAGUAAA